AUGUUGUCGAGUACUGUUUCUCCUUCUCCAAUCUUUUAUUUGAAUCUGGAAAGCUAAGCUUCUUUUUCCACUAAACUUAGCUACUCCAUACCGUUUCAUCUGCUUCUGCUGCAGCUAAAAAGCUAUUGUAGAAGCUCUCUUGAAGUGCUAGUCCUGAGGAUGAGUGCUUCCAAGUUCAUCAAGUGUGUCACUGUGGGAGAUGGAGCAGUUGGAAAGACAUGUAUGCUCAUCUGUUAUACCAGCAACAAGUUCCCUACUGAUUAUGUACCUACUGUAUUUGACAACUUCAGUGCUAAUGUGGCUGUGGAUGGGAAUAUUGUCAAUUUGGGACUAUGGGAUACUGCUGGUCAGGAAGAUUAUAGCAGGUUAAGGCCACUAAGUUACAGAGGAGCAGACAUUUUUGUUCUGGCUUUCUCCUUGCUCAGCAGGGCAAGUUAUGAAAAUGUUCUCAAGAAGUGGAUGCCUGAACUUCGUCGAUUUGCACCAAAUGUUCCUAUUAUUCUUGUGGGGACAAAAUUAGAUCUUCGCGAUGACAGAGGAUAUCUGGCUGACCAUAUGGGCUCCGGUGCAAUAACAUCUGCUCAAGGAGAGGAACUAAGGAAACAAAUUGGAGCAGCAGCUUAUAUCGAGUGUAGCUCUAAAACUCAACAGAAUAUCAAAGCUGUUUUUGAUACCGCAAUCAAAGUUGUGCUUCAGCCACCAAGGAGGAAGGAGAUAGCAAAGAAGAGGAAACGUAGAAGUUAUGGUGGCUCAAUUGUCAGGAGCUGCAUUACUUGUGGAGGCUGUGCUGCUUAUUAGGACAUGCAACAGGGUUGUUAUGGGUACAGCCAACCACUUUUUGAAAUGUACUUUGUGCAUGUGUCUCUAUGAAUUUAAGGGCAAAGGGAAUUUUUUCGUUCUCUCAGGCCUUGGUAUCGGUAGGGAACUAUUUUGAUUUGUUAUAGCUGUGAAUUAUGAUUAGUUUGCAAAAUGAAUGUGUGUUCUACAAUUUCUUCUGUCAA